GUAAAAAAUCAACAUGGUAACGUCGGCUUGUCUGUGUUCGGUGCGUGCGCCUUUACGAAAACCUAACUAGUCAGAAGUAAAGUUAACCCAAAACAGUCUGCGUGUAUAGUUGCUUAUCUGUCAGCGUGGGAAAAACGUUAACCCCACAACGACAACGUUGUUCUUGGCAUCUACGAAGAUGACGUGGGUCAUACCACAUCUUGCUAGUUUAUUACUACUACUACAGCGUGCUUCUAAUACUAAUUCUCAGAAAUUCGUGUAGAUUUGCGAUGUGACAUAUUGAGCUGUUGUGUCAGUGCAUUGCGUGUUUCGUAACCAAGUUGACUGAAGCUUGACGGCUAACGUGAACAGUAUGUUAGCCAGAACAUCAAGGACAAUAGCUCUGUGCUCGCUGGCAAACUUCAUCAAUGCCGCUGAUCGUAUCAUCAUGCCUAUUGCGAUCAUUCCGAUGACAGAUGAAUACAAGUGGAAUCUCCACUGGCAAGGAUGGAUCCUCAGUGCAUUCGCAUUUGGGUAUAUCACUAGUCAGGUAAUCGGAGCCAGCACACCUUCCCGCUUUGGUGGGCGCACCGUCAUGACGUGGGCAGUUCUGCUGUGGUCCAUGUCCACCGUCGCCACGCCUCUCGUCUCAUCAUCUCUAACGGCUCUCAUCAUCUGUCGAGUUCUCCUCGGCCUCGGCGAGGGUCUCGGCCUGCCGACCAUGUUCCACAUCCUCGCCCACUCUGUCCCGGUGGAGGAACGGUCCAGAGCAUUCGCGUACCUGGUCGCGGCGGGCGCCGUCGGACAGACUGCCGCUUCGCUCAUCUGUCCCCACCUGUCUUGGCCGUGGAUGUUCUACGGAUUUGGAUACCUCGGUAUCGCUUGGACGAUCGCGUGGCUGCUGCUGUACCGAGAAGAGCCGAGACCGGAUCCCCUCCUCCCGAAAGUGACCAAUCCUAACGUCCGCUGGACGGAAUUCCUGUGCCACUGGCCCUUGUGGGCAGUCUACAUCGCGCACUUUGCCAUGAACUGGUCGAGCUACGUCAUCAUGCAGUGGCUGCCGACGUACUUGACUCGCAGCCUGGGCGCCAACAGCCAGCACAUAUCGCUGACGGCCGUUCCGUACAUGUUCAACUCGGGAUGUGGCGUCCUGGCGGGGCACCUCGCGGAUUCGCUCGUGGCAAGACGCUGGAGCGUGCUGUCGGUGCGGAGGUUGAUGACAGCCGUCGGACUGGCGGGCCCGGGUUUGUUCCUGCUCUGCUUCUGCGCCGUCGACAACAUGUUGGCUGCUGUGAUAUUCGUCUCAAUGUCGAUGGGUCUCUUGGCAUGCAAUUCGGCUGGUCACCUGAGCAACCAUGCCGACAUUGCACCGAAUCACGCGGGGAUCACCUUUGCGGUUUCCAACACCCUCGCAACGAUACCGGGCAUACUCUGCGGACCGCUGACGGCUGAACUGGUGACGCAGUCUCACGGCCGGUGGUUCCCCGUGUUUGUGCUCGCCUCGGCCGUCAACCUUGUCGGGGCCGUCGUCUACUGCAGUCAGAGUUCAGCCAGUCAGGCCUUGUGAUGUGUGCCUGUUUGUGUCGAGGAACACUGUCCGUCGGACUAUGCAGUGCCUUUGACGUGAGAGAGAUUUCUGGAGAGAAGUAUUUUAGGAUUAAUGUAGCAGCCAUAAAAGCAACGGAAUAAGUUUACGUGCUGGGUUGCGUAUAUCGUCGUGUUUGUUAUCUUUUUUCGGAUGUCUGGCAGUAAAAUCAAACCUAUAAUGUGA